GUCGCCAUCAAAAAGUUACCAUUUUAGGAAAAACAUCCAGAUCAAUACCCGUUCUAUCAGGUGUUCCUCAGGGUUCAAUCCUUGCCCAUUUAUUGUUUCUUGUAUACGUGAAUGAUCUGCCCAAAAAGUCCACCACAUCGUCUGUUGCUCUGUUUGCUGAUGAUACAAAGUGUUAUCAUGCCAUAAGAACAACAGAUGAUGUAAAAGCUCUCCAAUGUGAUCUGGAUGGAAUCAGCCAAUGGUGUCGGACGUGGCGCAUGAACCUUAACAAAACUAAGUGUGGAGUUCUUAAGGUAACAAGGAAUCUCAAACCCGUGCAGUCAUCUUACCAUCUCAACAACGAUAACUCAGCCAACUCAACGGCCAUCUGUAAAAGGCUUGUUCAAAAAGAUCUUGGCGUUCUCAUCACUGCAGAUCUCAAAUGGAACCAACAAGUCUCUGCUGUAUGUGCGAAAGCAAACAGAAUGCUUGGGUUCGUAAAAAGGUCCUCCAUUAAGAUGCAUGAUCCUCGUACACGUACUGCACUUUAUAAAACGUUAGUGCGAAGUCGUUUUGUGUACAGCUCCCAAGUCUGGUCCCCGCAGUCUGUGUCUUUAAUCAUCGAAGUCGAGAAGAUUCAAAGACGUGCAACGAGAUUCAUCUUAUCGCUGCCGUUUAGAUCUGAAACUAGUUACCAGGAGAGACUAUUGAAAACUGUCUUCCUCUGUCUUACUGGCACGAGUACCUGGACUUGGUGUAUCUCUUUAAGGCAAUUACAUUGA